AUGAAGGCCCAUUUGUGUAGACUCACAAACCUUUUAAAGAAUGAACUUCACACAAGUUCCCUCAACUUCAACCAACAUCCUGACAAACUGUGCAACGAAAUCACAAAUAUUAUGAUCAGAUGUGCAAAGAAAACUAUUCCUCGUGGCAAGACUAAACACUAUCGAGUGAUUUGUUCUGAAAACCUUGAGAAACUGAAAAGAAAGCAAGACGCCCUUCACAACACUGCUUAUCAGACUGGAAGAAUGGAAGACGUACAAGCCUGGAAACGACAGUCAGCUGUCCUAAAGCAAACCAUCUUACAAGCUAAACAUACAACCUUUGAUAAAUUCAUCUCUAAUAUCAACUUUCAAAUUCCUGGGUAA